UAAACCUAAGCGUGUUUGCAAGCUGAGUGCUGAUUGGCUAGUGCUAUGGCUCCCAAGUUUUCUUUAACCUCUGUUUGUGUUUAUCUCACGCAGCACUUUCUGUUAAUCUGCUCUGUGCUGACGAACACGCUUAGGUUUAUGUUGUCGGGUUGGGUCAGACUGAAGUGGACUGACAAUAGCUGCCUAGAUUUCAAUAUCAUGUAUACCUCUCCUAUAAGUCUGGGGGGUAAGAGUGAAGGCUUAUGAGAGCAGCAAGUUAGUACAGCAAUUAACAUGAACGAGGAAUAGGAAGGCAAAACCAACUAACGAUGCUUGGAAGGAGACCAGAGAGAGAGGUGGUGCUGCUGCUGGUGGUGCUGGCGGCGUGCUGGUGCUCAACCCUGGCCACAGAAGGUGCUGACGGUGCUGACGCUGGGAGACAAGAUGGUGAUGAAGAUGGUGGUGGUGGUGGUGGUGGUGAUGGAAGCGGUGGAGGUGCUGGUGGUGCUGGUGGUGGUGAAGAGGCUCAGCUGCAACCGCAUAUUCUGCUAAUGGUUGCUGAUGAUCUUGGCUGGAACGACGUACCGUGGCACAACAGGGAGGUUUACGCCCCCAACCUGGACUCCCUGGCGAAAGCGGGUGUGAUUCUGCAGGAGUCCUACGUCCAGCCCAUCUGUACCCCCUCCCGCUCCGCCCUCAUGUCCGGACGCUACCCCUUCACUAUAGGACGACAGCACGCCGUCAUCUGGCCUGAGGAACCUACGGGCCUCAGUCUAAACCUCACCCUCCUGCCGCAGCUGAUGAAGGCCGCGGGAUACGAGACUCAUGCCGUGGGAAAAUGGCACCUCGGUUUCUGUUCAUGGGCCUACACACCGACGAGCCGCGGGUUCGAUACCUUCUACGGGUACUACACGGGCUCCGAGGAUUACUACCACCACACGAGGACUUGCGUGUUCGGCGAGGAAGGGAACAAGCACUCCAACGGCACCACCUCGACCUCCACCACGACAUCGACCACUCCAGCGCCUUGCAACGAUAUCAAGUGCGCCUUCUCCCUCGGCGAGCAGAAGGAACCGGUCAUAGAUGAGAAGAAGGGACCUGGUUACCUCGACCUAAGGGACAACACAGAGCCUGAGAGAAACCAAAGUGGCGUCUACUCGACCUACGUGUUCGCCUCACAAGUGGAGAAGCUGCUUGCUAACCGAGAGCCCGAGGUACCCAUGUUCCUGUACCUGCCCUUCCAAAGCGUCCACUCCCCGCUGCAAGUGCCGGAAAAGUACAAAAAGCCUUACGAACACAUACAGAACCAUGACAGAAAGACCUACCUGGGCAUGGUCAGCGCUAUGGACGAGGCAGUGGGGCGUGUGAUCAAGGCUCUUAAGGACACCGGCCACUACAACAACACUGUCAUCGUCUUCACCACCGACAACGGGGGUCCCACGAUCACGGGGUCCAACAACUGGCCGCUGCGGGGGAACAAGACAACCCUGUGGGAAGGAGGCACGCGGGGGGCGGCCUUCGUGCACUCCCCGCUCCUACCCAACCCCGGCACCACCAACCCAUCGUUAAUCCACAUCACGGAUUGGCUGCCUACCUUGCUGGGACUGGCGGGGGGCGACGUGCCGGCAGGGGGGGACGGCGUGGACCAGUGGGGGGCCGUGACAGAAGGGGCGCCCGCUCCCCGCACGCACAUGGUGUAUAACGUGGAUAAGACGGAUGAAUUCAGCGCGGGGAUAAGGUUAGGGAAAUACAAGCUCUUAGUGGGGAACCCUGGCCCAGGGGAAUGGACUCCACCCCCGGAAUAUACCAAAGUAACCCCUGGAAAUAAGACUGAAGAGGAAGAGAAGAGGGAUGCUGGGGAAGAUGAGCAGGGAGAGAACGAUUUGAAGGAUGCUGUUGAGGAAGAUGAGGAUGCUAAAGAAGAUGAGAAAGAAGAUGAGAGAGAAGGAGAUAAAGAGAUGGAGGUGGAUGCUGUGGAAGAUAACAAGGUGGAGGAAGAGGAAGAUGAAGAGGAGGAGGAGGAGGAGGUGAUCGUAACUUCCUCAGACUUCGAAGGAGGACUAAAUCAUCUUCUAAGGAACAUGACAGGACGGAACGCAUCGGAAAUUCGCCUUUACGACCUCGAGAGUGACCCCAGGGAGACGCAGAACGUGGCCCUCACACACCCGAAAAUCGUGUCCAUCCUGGCCCACCUGCUCAACGCACACCUGGCCCGCUACACACCCGCCGACGUGCCCAAAAAGAUGCCCGCCUCAGACCCCGACCACUUUGGAGGCGUCUGGUCCCCCGGCUGGUGUUAGCGGGAGGUUGCUACUACUACUACUACUACUACUACUAUUACUACUACUGAUGCUGCUGUUACUACUUUCUUCUUACAGUUAUUCGUCUUUCUUGUUCUUGUGUUUUUUCUUUUCUUUUUCUUUUCUUUUCUUUUCUUUUUAUUAUGUUAUUUCUUUUCUCAUGUAACCACGUCAAGUGUAAGAUAAAGAAGGUGAAGAACUACUGCUGGUGUUACUACUACUACUACUACUACUACUAAGAAAAUCCUGCUGCAAUAAUAGUAACAGUAACAAGAACAGUAACAACAAGAACAACUACAACUAACUGCUAUAUUACUAUUACUACUACUAACAAUAACUACUACUACUACUACUACUACUACCAUUCAUAUUUUUGGUCGUAACUCAAUCCCUACAAACACAGUAACAUAUUUUUAUCUAUCAAUGUCUUACAAGUAACAUUUCCACUCUCUCUCUCUCUCUAGUAGUAGUAGUAGUAGUAGUAGUAGUAGACGAAAAGAAUGCCGUUACCUCUCUCUCUCUCUCUCUCUCUCUCUCUCUCUCUCUCUCUCUCUCUCUCUCUCUCUCUCUCUCUCUCUCUCUCUCUCUCUCUCUCU